ACGAUGUGUUCUUUUUUUUUAUCAUCUUCAUCUUCUUAUCUACUUUACAAAAUAACCAAUCAUCUUAUUUGUUUGUUGCUUUAUUCGGAAUCACUUUUACUACAGAGUUAUCAGUAAAGAACUUUGUUAUUGACGUGUAACCUUUGAUAUCAAGCUAUAUAUAAAGCAGGAAUUUUUUUUUUUGAACAAUUUCUCCUUUUUUAUCCAUUUAAUGCAACUAUCAAAGGGAGCUACGAUUGCUCAAGCCUCAAAAUCUGUUAUGACAAGGACAGAACAUAGGGUUAUGUUAAUAGGUUUAUUACUUGUGUCGUGGGGGACAACAUGGGAGAAGAGUCUUGUGGUUGCCUUGACACCUACUGUCACAAGUGUUUUCCAAUCUAACAAUAUAUCGGGUGUCCUUACAACCGUCUUAUCCAUCUUACAAACUGCGCUUCAACCUAUGUAUUCGAAGCUUUCGGAUAUGACUGGUCGUGCUCAAGCCUUUACUAUCUCCAUUGUGUUUUUUGUUCUUUCUUUUGUUAUUAUGGCUUGUGCUCAUGAUUAUAAUACCUUGAUUGGAGGUCAAGUUGUUUAUGCUUUUGGUUUUUCAGGCACUUAUAUCUUGGGACCCAUUUUAAUUGGAGACAUGACAGAUAUUGUCGAUCGAUCCAUGUUUCUAGCCUUGUAUAACUUUCCUACGAUCAUUAAUUUGUUUGUACCAAGUGCUGUUGCUCAGAAAAUCAUUGAUAGUGGUCAAUGGCGAUGGGGUUAUGGACAUAUUACACUUGUCAUGACAAUCACAAGUGCACCACUUAUGUUUAUCUUGUGGCAUACACAGUACAAAGCUCAAAAAGCAGGUCUUAUUACUGUUAAAAAAAGUCCAUUAGCCCAUCUCUCCUUUUGGCAUCAAUGUCAAUGGAUAAUGCAGCAAGUUGAUAUGAUUGGCAGUGUACUUCUGAUGACUGCCAUGUUUCUUGUUCUUUUGCCUUUAAAUCUCUAUACCAAAUGGGGAGGAUGGACAUCAGCAACAACACUGGGUCUAAUUGUAGCAGGUAGCAUCGCAUGUGUCUUGUUUAUGAUUUGGGAAUGGAAAUUAGCACCUAAACCCAUUAUUCCAUUGAAUCAUUGGGAAUCCAAGAACCCUAUCUGGGCUGUCUUGACCAUUUUUCUGGUCUAUAUUAUUAACAACAUGAUGGAUUUUCAAUAUUUCUUGACUUAUUUACAAGUAACACGUAGAGUCACUUCACAAACAGCCACUUAUCUAGAGAGAGGAUUUAAUGUAACUUAUGUUUGCUUACCCUUAUUAAUUGGCUAUCUGAUGAAAAGAACACGUCAAUGGCGCCCUUUUGUCUGGAUUGGUGUGUCUGCUGCUGUCCUUGGUCCUGGAUUGAUGAUCAAAGCACGUAAUUCUCAUUCACCUGAUGUGUUUAUUGUGAUUUCUCAAGUGGUGUAUGGUGUUGCUUGUGCAUUUUGCAAUUACCCUUUAUUAGUAGGCAUCCAAGGCUCAGUGCCACCCAAUGAUGUUGCUAUUGCCAUCACAUUGUUUGAAGUAGGUGCCUCUGUUGCAGGUAGUGUGGGUACAACUAUUGCUAAUGCUGCAUGGAAUGCCAUCAUGCCUGGUCUUUUUGUGAAAUAUGUACAUGGUAACUAUGAGUAUACAAAGAUUGUUUCAAGCAUCAGUUAUGCGCUUGCUUUACCUGAAGAUCAAUACCAAGGUGUUGUUUUGGCUUACGAUGAUGCCAUGCGGUUACUUUGUAUUAUUGCUACUUGUGUUGGUGCCCUCGGUUUCUUGGCAUCCAUUCCUCUGAAAGGAUACAUGUUGUAUGAACAAGAAGAUAAAGAAGAAGGGAUUAUUGAAGGAACAGAUAUAUCUUUGGAUAAAUAAAACAAUCCAUUAAGAGGU